CUAGUUAGUAGUUUCCUUUACAUAAUCAAUUUCUUUUAAUAUAAUAGUAUUCCUUACCUUCCUAUCUCUUUACCACAACUUUAAACACAUUUUUCAUUCUCUUUUACAUUCACAUUCUCUCAAGCUUUGAUAUAUUCAAAGGAGUUCUUCUCUGCAUUGACAGUUUCUUAAUUUAGAAAGGAUUGAAUUAAUUAUUGGGUUAACAUAAAAAAUGGCAAUUAGAUCAGAGAUUUAUGAUAAUAAUGAUCUUCAUCUUGAAGCUACUGAGCUUAGAUUAGGAUUACCUGGGUGUAAAGAUGAUGGGAAUCAAUCAGUUUCUAAUAAGAGAUUAGCAUCUAAUCAAAUACAUGAUCAGGAUUCUUCAUCAUCUAAUUAUUCAAGUGUUUCUGAUGCUAGGAAUCAAGAUUACCCUCCUCCUUCCAAGGCACAAAUUGUAGGAUGGCCACCAAUCAGAAACUACAGGAAAAACAACAUACAACCCAAGAAAACAGAAGCUGAUACAUGUGGGAUGUACGUAAAAGUAAGCAUGGAUGGUGCACCCUACUUGAGGAAAAUUGACUUAAGCAUGUAUAAUAGUUAUACAGAGCUAUUAAAAGCAUUGGAAACAAUGUUUAGAGUAUGUAUCGGAAAAUAUUCAGAGAGGGAUGGAUAUAACGGAUCUGAAUUCGCCCCGACUUAUGAAGACAAAGACGGCGAUUGGAUGUUAGUCGGAGAUGUACCAUGGGUGAUGUUCAUCACAUCUUGUAAAAGGCUUCGGAUCAUGAAGUCUUCCGAAGCAAAAGGACAUGGGUGUUUCUAAGACUUAUAUGGUCAUGGUUAUCAAUUCAGUAUUCAGCACAAAGUUAGGGUUCGGGAAAAGAUAGCGGACAGACUAUACCCGUGCCCCCUCGAGGGAGAGGACAGGAGAAAUGCAGGUUAUCAAUAAAACCCACAAGUCCUUUAGAAAAUUAUGUCAAAAAGUGUGUAACUCAACAUAGGACAACACUUUUAUCAACUUUUAUAUGAGAAACAAACCCUUAUCGGGUUUGUUUGUUUACUUUUUGAUAGUGUAUAUAACAUAUUUUGGGCUAUAAGGCGAGAAUUAUAAGUUAAAGGUUGUAGCCGCAGAAUAUGUUAUAUAUAUACUAUGUCUCUUUUGUGUGUCUAAAAAGAGUUUAGGAACACACAGAUAGUUCUCAAUUUUUGUUCAUUUUUAGUUUUCUAAUUUGGUUCAUGUCACUUUGUAUUGCGAUGGUUUUGAUUUUUUAUUUUGGGGUUUUUUGCAAAUUUUAGUAAAAUCAAAACUUGUACUGUUUGCUUUGGAUAUACUAUGUAAUUCAAUUGUACAAAUGCAAAAAUUAGAUAAUAAAAAUGAUAGAAAAAGCAAAAUCAAAUUAACAUA